CAUGGCCUGGAUGUGAGGGUCCUCUGAAGAAUUAGACAGAAAUGGCUUUGAGUAAUGUACCUUACCGGUCCGAGGUCCUGGCCUGGGGCCCUGAUGAGCUGGCAGAAUACUUCAAGAAGCUUAACUACAAAGAUUGUGAGAAGGUUGUGAAGAAGCACCACAUAAGCGGUCCAAGGUUUCUGAACCUGUCUGAAAAUGACAUUCAGAAAUUUCCCAAGCUUCGGGUUCCAAUUUUAAGCAAGUUAAGUCAAGAAAUCAACAAGAAUGAAGAAAGAAGAAGUUUAUUUGCAAGAAAACCCCAUCCACAAAGAUUUGCUGAAGAGAGAGAGUUCCAAGAAGAAGAAGAUGGUGGCUGGUCAUCCUUUGAUGAGGACGAUGACUAUGAAAGCCCAAAUGACGAUGCUGCAGAUGGAGAGGAAGAUGGAGAUUAUGAGUCUCCCAAUGAGGAGGAGGCACCUGCCCUAGAGGAUGAUGCUGAUUAUGAGCCCCCUCCCUCCAAUGAUGAGGACACCAUGCAGAACACAAUCCUUCCUGCCAAGCUCCCUUCUGGCUCCAUGUACAUAGACAGGCCCCUAACUGGGAAAACCCCUCAACAACCUCCAGUUCCUCCUCAGAGACCCUUACCAGGCAUUGGUGGCAGAAACAAUACACCUCCUCAUCUUCCACAACCCAGUCAUGAAGAGCCCAUUAGAGGCAGAAACCAUAGAACACCCAACUUCCCUGCACCAUCCAUAGACAGAAGUAAAAAACCCCCAUUGGAUCGUACAUUGCCUCAAUUUGAAAGAGAGUCUUUGGCAAUAGGGAAGAAACCACUUUUUCCUGACAAGCCUUCAGCUCCUGCAUUAAGGACUGCUGGUGAUCACUUACCUAAGAUACAAAAGCCUCCUUUGCCACCUGGAGAAAGACCUGAGAGAAAUUUUAAGAAGCCACCUGUACCAAAACACGGAUGGGUAGCAGACAGAAGAGGAGAUGAAGAAGAUGAUGUGCAACAAAGGCCACUGCCUCAACCAGCUCUUCCCUCUUUCACUUCCAAUACUUUCCCUUCAAGAUCAAUCAAGCCACCAUCCAGGUUUCCUCAAUCAGGAUCUAACAGUAUGCCUGGGCCAAUCACAGCAAGUAAUUUCCCAUCAAGUGCAUCCCUGCCACCAUAUUUGUCAAAAGGUGCUUUCAACAGACCACCUUCUAGAGGUCCAGCUGAGGGAAGACCUUUGCCAAUUCCAGUUAGGCAACAAUAUCUUGGGGAUGAAGAGAACUCAUUGAAUAAUGAAUGGUAUGUCUCAUACAUUACUAGAACAGAAGCAGAAGCUGCUCUUAGGAAAAUAAACAAGGAUGGCACUUUCCUGGUGAGAGACAGCUCUAAGAAAACAGUUACCAACCCAUAUGUACUCAUGGUGUUGUACAAAAAUAAAGUUUAUAACAUUCAAAUUCGUUACAAUGAGGAGAGUCAAGUUUACUUGUUGGGAACUGGACUUCGAGGGAAAGAGGAUUUUUUGUCAGUGCCUGAUAUCAUUGACUACUUCAGAAGAAUGCCACUUCUACUUAUUGAUGGAAAAAACCGAGACUCCAGAAACCAAUGCAUGCUAAUAUAUGCUGCAGGGUAUCCUUAGGAAACUAUCAAGUAAAAUAUUAGCCUCUUCCGCAUCUGUCAGCACAGAAAGAUGAUCCAACGCCUGCAAAACUAUGGACAGAGACUUCAAACUAAACAGAAAAGCUCUGUUUUAUUGGAAAUAAGGUUCUAUUCCUUUCAUUGAAAGAUGUUUUUGAAAGGAAGACUAUUAAGGAUGAUAUCUCCAAUUAUUUAUUAUUCUUCAAUGUCAGUAAACUGUAUAAAUGAUGAUGCUAACACUUUAAGUGCAUUCUAAUAAUUCAAUUUAUACUGAUCUGAUAUAGGUAUUCUUGAACACCUAGUUAAUGUGUAUUUUACACCUAACUUCUAGCCAACAUUAAUACUUAAUUACAUUGAAAGUCCAAAAGUCUAUAUGUCACAAACUUGUUAUAGAUAAAAUUUAUGCCAAUAAGUAGCAAUCAUCAAUAUUUGGAAAUAAACUUUACUUUUAUCAGUAAUUUUAAAAACUUGAACCAGAUCAUUUGUUGUUGUUAAAAGAUAAAAGGUAUCUUUUUUCCAUUUGGUCUGAAUUUGUUCUUUUGAUUUAUAUUGUUCUUUCUAUAUAUUGCUCAAUCCACAAUCCCAUUUUCUUGGCUAUAAAGAAAAUGUUAGGAUUAAAAACCCAAAGAAGAAUGCUAAAAUUAUUAAUUAUAUUUUGCUUGUAUAACUAAAAAUAGAUAAGCUGGAUUCUGAGUUGUAUGUUAUUCUUUUUUUGCAAACACAUAAUUCAC